GGCCACUCGGGAGGGCGUGUCCGUGGGCGUGGCCAGGCGGGGCCGGUGACGCAGGGGCGGGGCGGGGCGGCAGCGGCGGCGGCGGCGGCGGCGGCUUCCAGCGACUUCGGCGCUCGGUCACUGCCGUGUGUUUGAAGAGCUGUGAUGCCAAACGGAGACACGUUCCCGCACCCGCAGUGACCAUCUCAUCCAGCCUUGGGGACAGCGGCCCGUCGUCACCGGAAUCCUCCUCAGCAUGUCCCGCCAGCCCAAAUAUCCUCUGGACCCUCUCUGUACUGCUGCCAGCUUGGCCAGCCCACUGGGACGAGUCCUCAAGGGUGGCUUUGUCCCCCUCUGAACACCCCGUGGCUCACUGAUGCUGCAGCCCCUCCGAAAGGCGUCAGAGAGGUGACACAAGGGACCCUGGCAGUGACAAGCAGUCGAGCGGAGGGAUUUAAGACGACGAGGGCCUUGUCAGCGCUAAGGACGUCUCUCCAUCCUCACCAGAGUGAUGCCAACUUCUGCUUAGCACCCAAGAAGAAGGGAUGGGGGACCCCCCCACCUUCACCACCCUAUUGUUCCCUCCCAUGCUGGCUCCCCUGACCCACGGGAGCCCAUAGCGAUGUGAUAGGGGCCUCGCAGCUCAAGAGCACCCACCGCCCGCCCCACCAGGCACUUUCAGGACCCUUGCCCACCUGUCACGCCCCACCAUGAUGUGCGAGGUGAUGCCCACCAUCAGCGAGGGGGACCCUCUGGGUCCCCCACAGGGCUCCGAGGCGGACGCCGACUUCGAGCAGCUGAUGGUGAACAUGCUGGAUGAGAGGGACAAGCUGCUGGACACCCUGCGGGAGACCCGCGAGACGCUCUCUGUCACCCAGAGCCGCUUGCAGGAGACCCUCCGGGAGCGCGACCAGCUCCAGAGACAGCUCAACUCGGCCCUUCCGCAGGAGUUUGCGACGCUGACGCGGGAGCUCAGUGCCUGCCGGGAGCAGCUCCUGGAGAGGGAAGAGGAGAUCUCUGAGCUGAAAGCCGAGCGCAAUAACACCCGGCUCUUGCUGGAGCACCUGGAGUGCCUGGUGUCGAGGCACGAGCGGUCCCUGAGGAUGACCGUGGUCAAGCGUCAGGCCCAGUCGCCGUCCGGGGUUUCCAGUGAGGUCGAGGUGCUCAAGGCACUGAAGUCACUCUUUGAGCAUCACAAGGCACUGGAUGAAAAGGUUCGGGAACGCUUGCGAGCAGCCUUAGAGCGAGUGGCAACCUUGGAGGAGCAGCUUGUGGACGCCCAUCGGCAGGUGGCGGCUUUGCAGCAAGGUGCUGCGCGGGAGGGCCCGGCGGCUGAGAGGGAUGAAAGGGAGCCCAAGGAGCCAGCGCAGAAGCUUCCCUGGAAGCGCCUCUCCAACGGCUCCGUCCACCCAGACGAUGAGGCUGGGCGGGUGGUGGAGCUGCAGGAGCUCCUGGAGAAGCAGAAUUUCGAAGUGGUCCAGGCCAAGGAGCGCAUCUCUGCGUUGGCUGCCAGCGUCGCCGAGCUGGAGGAAGAUCUGGGCACCGCCAGGAAGGAUCUGAUCAAAUCGGAGGAGAUGAGCAGCAAGUACCAGAGGGAUCUCCGAGAGGCCCUGGCUCAGAAAGAGGACAUGGAGGAGAGGAUCACCACGCUGGAGAAACGCUAUCUGGCAGCCCAGCGAGAAGCCACCUCCAUCCAUGACCUCAAUGACAAGCUGGAAAGCGAGUUGGCCAACAAGGAGUCCCUGCACCGCCAGUGCGAGGAGAAAGCCCGGCAUCUGCAGGAGCUGCUGGAGCUGGCGGAGCAGAAGCUGCAGCAGACGAUGCGCAAGGCGGAGACGCUGCCCGAGGUGGAAGCGGAGCUGGCCCAGCGCAUCGCUGCGCUCACCAAGGCAAAAGAGAGGCACGGGAGCAUCGAGGAGCACCUCCGGCAGCUGGAGAGUCAGCUGGAGGAGAAGAACCAGGAGCUGGCCAGGGCCCGCCAGCGGGAGAAGAUGAACGAGGAGCACAACAAGCGGCUCUCGGACACUGUGGACCGUCUGCUGAGCGAGUCCAACGAGCGGCUGCAGCUGCACCUCAAGGAGAGGAUGGCGGCCUUGGAGGAGAAGAACACAUUGUUACAAGAGCUGGAAAAUACCCAAAAGCAGAUAGAGGAACACCAGCACGACAAGCGACGGUUGUCCGACGAGAUCGACAAACUGAGGCUGGAGGUCGAUCAACUCAAGACCAGAAGUGGGACGUUUGUGGAGAGCGUGCACACAAGGUCCCACAUGGGCAGCGCCACAGACCUGCGCUUCCCACUGAGUGCUGUGGUCCAUGCCCCCGCCGAGCCCUUUGGGGCAGCCCCGGGGCUGCCUCGGGCACAGAAGGGCCGAUUUGCCACCCGGCGAGAGGAACCAGCCAAGGACUGGGAGCAGGCCCAGGCAGGCAGUGUCCUGGCCACGGGGCCUCACGCCUUUGACAGCGACCCCGACAUCUCCGACGUGGACGAGGAUGACCGCGAGACGCUCUUCAGCUCCAUGGAUGUGCUCUCUCCUGGUGGGCACUCGGACGCCCAGACAUUGGCCAUGAUGCUCCAGGAGCAGCUGGAUGCCAUCAACGAAGAGAUCAGGAUGAUCCAAGAGGAGAAGGAGUCCACCGAGCUGCGUGCGGAGGAGCUGGAGACGCGUGUGACGAGCGGCAGCAUGGAGGGCCUCAACCUCACCCAGCUCUGCAAACGGGCGUCCAUCCCCACCUCGCUGACCGCCCUGUCCCUGGCCAGCUCGUCCCCCCCGCUCAGUGGCCGCUCCACCCCCAAGCUCUCGUCCCGCAGCGCCGCUCAGGACCUCGACCGCAUGGGCAUCAUGACGUUGCCCAGCGACUUGAGGAAGCACCGGAGGAAACUGCUAGUGAGUGGCUCCCAUCCCGUUGGGUUUUGUCCAACCCUCCCUUUUCCAGCCUGCUCCUGGCUUUGUCCACACCAGUCGCCUGGAGCUCGGGAUGAAAGCCGAGAGGAUAAAACCACCAUCAAAUGCGAGACAUCCCCCCCGUCCUCACCCAGGACGUUGCGGCUGGAGAAACUGGGCCACCCUGCGCUAAGUCAGGAGGAUGGGAAGAGCUCGCUGGAGGAGCAGACCAGCAACGCCAGCAGCACCAGCAGCCAGGACUCCCUGCACAAGGGCUCCAAGAGGAAGGGGAUCAAAUCCUCCAUCGGGCGCUUGUUCGGGAAAAAAGAGAAGGGUCGCUUGAUCCAGCUGAGCAGAGAAGGGGCCACAGGGCAGGUGGUGCUAACCGACGUGGAGGUGGGCAUGCAGGACCCUCUGGGACUUGGCAAGCUGGGUGCUCAGGCCGAGAAGGAUCGGCGGCUGCGGAAAAAGCAUGAACUCCUGGAAGAGGCUCGGAGGAAAGGAUUGCCCUUUGCACACUGGGAUGGCCCCACUGUUGUGUCCUGGCUGGAGCUCUGGGUGGGGAUGCCGGCCUGGUACGUUGCUGCUUGCCGAGCCAACGUGAAGAGCGGAGCCAUCAUGUCAGCCCUGUCCGACACAGAGAUCCAGCGGGAGAUCGGCAUCAGCAACGCACUGCAUCGCCUGAAGCUGCGUCUGGCCAUCCAGGAGAUGGUCUCGCUCACCAGCCCCUCGGCACCACCCACCUCGCGGACGUCCUCUGGAAACGUCUGGGUCACCCACGAAGAGAUGGAGAACAUGGCGACUUCCACCAAGACGGACACAGAGGAGGGCAGCUGGGCACAGACACUGGCCUAUGGGGACAUGAACCACGAGUGGAUCGGGAAUGAGUGGCUGCCCAGCUUGGGUCUCCCACAGUAUCGGAGCUACUUCAUGGAGUGUCUCGUUGAUGCACGGAUGUUGGACCACCUCACCAAGAAAGAUCUCAGAGUGCACUUGAAGAUGGUGGACAGCUUCCACCGCACCAGCCUGCAGUACGGCAUCAUGUGCCUGAAGAGGCUCAACUACGACCGCAAAGAGCUCGAGAGGAGGCGAGAAGAGACCCAGCACGAAAUCAAAGACGUGUUGGUGUGGACCAACGACCAGGUCAUUCACUGGAUCCAGUCCAUCGGGCUCCGCGAGUACGCGAACAACCUGGUGGAGAGCGGGGUGCACGGGGCGCUCCUGGCCCUCGACGAAAACUUCGACCACAACAGCCUGGCGCUCGUCUUGCAAAUCCCCACGCAGAACACGCAGGCUCGACAAGUGCUGGAGAGGGAGUUCAACAACCUGCUGGCCUUGGGCACGGAUCGGAGGCUGGACGAUGGUGACGACAAGACAUUCCGUCGCACCCCAUCCUGGCGAAAGCGCUUCCGCCCGCGCGACGUUCACAGCAUCAACAUGCUCAGCGGCUCGGCCGAGACGCUGCCCGCCGGCUUCCGUGUCACCAGCCUGGUGCCCCUGCCCCCUCCGUCUGCCCCCACCAAGAAGAUGCCCCCAGAAGUUGGUGCCUCUGGGUCACCAAGGCUGGAGACCUCCACGGUCCGGACGUACUCCUGCUGAGGGUCAGCGUGACGGGACCCAGCCCGGCCCUGGCACAUCCCCACUGUCUGUCCAGGACAAGAGCCCGGCCAGCGCCGGUUCCUCGGCCCAAACCAACAGACGCUGCUGUGGACCGAAAAGGAUGCUGUCCCUUCUGCUUGUGCACCCACCGCUUCCCCCAGCUCCCCACAUCUCCCACCUCUGGCUCAUCUUUUACCUCUCCCCGUGCUGGCCGGGCUAUGGAUGCGCUUGCUGGGUGUCCCCAUGCCGGCAGAAGCGAGGUACAACCCCGUGGACCAGCACGGACACUCCACAAGUGGGCUGUGAUAUUUGGAAACCUUCCUCUGCCUGGUUCACGUCACCAAUGGGGCUGCUGUGCUGACUCGCCCAAGCCCCGGGCAUCAGGGACACUGCUGCCCACAGGAAACAGAGCCCAGGAACAUUCAGGCUCAUGAAUGUCUUCACGCCGGGGCAAGCCGGGUGAAGAGCUGCCCCCAGGAGGGGCCACGGCCAGUGGUUGGUGCUGCACGGGAUGGUGCGGGGACCGGCCACCGUGGGGGCAAGGAAAGCGGCUUCCUGCUGAGGGCGCUGCGUUUUGUGGUGCUGUGUUUCGGGGUGCCGUGUUUUGGGGUGCUGCCAGAUGCCACGCUGUGGGGAGGCUGCACCUGCACGGCAGCUCCACGAAGGGCUGGAACUGCCUCAUACGGUUCAACAGCCAGGACGGUACCUGGCACCCACGGGACAGGGGACCCUCGUUGGGUGCCCGGGGAGACAUGGUGGGGACACCCAGCAGCCCGGGACGUCCCCGUCCCUUCCCUGCGGGUGCAGGGGAGCUGCUCUCCCCUCCUGCCGCCGAGCCGCGGGCAGGGAUCGAUCCAGGAGGCUCUGAACUCUCCCUGUUUCUUCCCCGUAGGGUAGGAUCUCCUCGUCUCCUCAUGCCACGUUUGCCUUGUGUGGCCCCUAUUUCUGAUGUGAUAUUUAUUGAUGGCUGGAAUGACCUUAUACUUAUCAUGUGCUGUCUGGAAGUGCAAUAUCUGAGAGGCUAUACAGUCACGAUGUCUUUUCGGUGUAUUAUUUGCCUAAUACAGUAUUAAAUAUUUUUUUAAUUUGAAGAGUCAGUGAGCCCUUUAUAUCGAUGCCCUAUUUCUUUCGUCAUAUUAUUGGUACUGCAUGGACUCCAAACCCUGGAUCGGGUCAGGAAAGGAUGUAUGUGUGUUCCAAUAAACAGGAUUUUAAAACA